AUGGAAGAAUACACGCUUUGUUCUUCGAGUACUGAACAGGGAGAAAUACCGGUCAUUCAUGUUAAGAGAUUCAAGGAGAGCCCCCCGCUACUUCCCUGGAACAAAUCGCAGCUGCAGUACAUGUAUCUUCCAAAUAAACCCUUAUUUGUGGGGCCGAACACCAUUCCAAGAUCUUGUGACUACCAGACAAGCAUACUCACAACCAAGCUUAAAAAGAGGCUUAAGCAUGACCUUCCCUAUCCUUUUCUCUGCCUUCCAAUGAACUUGGAUAGAGCCUUCUUCGAAGGAAAAUUUGCCUUUAUCUCCAAGGUUCAGGAGGUAGGGAGCAUCGAUGAGCUAUGUCUUGUCAAGAGCAAGGAAAGGAUAGUCCAUGUUAAAGAAGAGACGGGCCAAGGGUGCAAUCUGAGGAAGGAAACAAGGCUUGAGCAUGUAAGGGACAAGCAAGGCGAUGCAUACAAGGAUGUUUGCCAGGACUUUCUUUCUGGAAAGCUGCUUGAGGAGGCCGAGACAAGAGGCGUAAAUAUUGCAAUAAGAGACUCUAUUCUCAACAGCCUGCUGUCGAAGGAGAUAUAUGCACAUUUUUCUGUGAAGAAAAAGGACGACAGGCUAUACGUGGUUUUUGAUGAGGCCUAUAUAAGAGAGAUCAAGUAUUACGACUAUCUUGCCGAGUACGGAAAGGAGGUUGUUAAGUCUCUGAAGUCCUCGGAAACCAGGGUGUAUUCUAACUCAGAGGCAUCCGUUGCUGUGUAUUCGUCCACACUCUUCUACAACUCCUCUGGAAUUCAGAGAUUGUUCAGUGGGAUUGAUGUCAGGAAGUCUAUUGACAUAGUUGUAAACAUUGAGGAUGUAAGAAUUGUGUCCAGCUCUGGAGCUUUGGGAGAUGAGCUGAAGGCUCUUUUUGGAAUCAAAUUUGAAGAGGGAGAAUACGUUCUUAACGACGGGAAGGUGUACACAGUGGACCCCGGCGGAGAGAAGAUUGCAUUCAGCGGGGUUGUGUUUGCUGACUUUAUGGAUUCCCAGGAGCCUAUAAGCGACUAA